AUCUGAUCUUUCAUUAUGGUCGUCCUUUUCUUCUUCUUUGAAAAUUAACUAGUAUAAAUAUCUUUUCCUCAUUCAAUUCAAGCAAACAAGUUUUGAUCAAUAAAUAGCUGAUAUGGCUGUAGAAACUUCAGCUCCUCUACUGGUGGACUAUAUUAAUGGCCUCCCAAAGUCGAACGAAAGCUUUCCAGAUCACGAACAUCACGGUUCCAGGCCAACCCUUCCAGAGGUUGCUGAGGAGAUUAAAAAGCUAUACACCAUAGCCUUUCCCAUGAUCAUCACCGGCCUGCUUGUUUAUGGUAAAUCCAUGAUAUCAGUGCUAUUCAUGGGAAGACUGGGGAAAGAUGCACUGGCUGGGGGGUCUCUUUCAAGUGGCAUAGCCAACAUCACUGGCUACUCCAUCAUCUCAGGUUUAGCCAUGGGCAUGGAAGGCAUCUCUUCUCAAGCCUGUGGGGCUAAGCAGUGGUCAGUCAUGGGUCAAACCCUGCAACGCACAAUCGUCAUUCUUUUGUUCGCUUCAAUUCCCAUUUCCCUCUUGUGGCUCAACAUCCAGCCAAUACUAGUCUUUUGUGGCCAAGACUCAAAUAUAUCUUCAGUUGCAGCUAACCAUCUUGCAUUCUGCAUACCAGACCUUGUAUUCCAAUCCAUCAUAAACCCUCUCAAAAUCUUUCUGAGGACACAGAAUGUAACGCUGCCCCUUAUCCUUAGUGCUGUCUUUUCUCUGGCCUUGCAUGCACCAGUAAAUUAUCUCCUCAUUCAUAAGCUCGGCCUAGGCAUUCGAGGCGUUGCUGCGGCAUCAUCCAUUACAGACUUCGCUACCCUUGCAACACUCGUUCUUUACAUAAUCUUUUCUGGGGUGUAUAAAAGAUCAUGGCCAGGGUGGUCCCUCCAAUGCUUCAAUCAGUGGAAGCCGAUUCUAAGCCUUGCACUCCCCAGCUGUGUAUCUGUAUGCUUAGAGUGGUGGUGGUACGAGUUGAUGAUUCUAUUAUCUGGUUUGCUCUCAAAUGCGGCCGAAGUCGUGGCAACCAUGGGAAUUCUCUUGCAGGCAACUUCUCUUGUUUACAUUUUUCCUUCAUCUUUGGGCUUAGCGGUGUCUACUCGAGUGGGAAAUGAGUUAGGAGCCAACCAUCCUAGCAAAGCAAGAAUUUCGUGCCUGGUAGCAUUAGCAUGUGCAGUGUUUACAAGCAUAGCUGCAAUGUCAUUCGUGACAAUAUGCAGAAAUGCUUGGGGACGAGCUUUUACACAAGACAAAGCCAUUCUGUCUUUGACCGCCCUGUCCAUGCCGGUGCUGGGCCUCUGUGAGCUCGGAAACUGCCCCCAGACCGCCGGUUGUGGAGUGUUGAAGGGAUGCGCUAGGCCGGUGUUGGGUGCUACGAUUAAUCUGGGCUCCUUCUACGGUGUUGGGCUACCUCUCGCAAUCAUCACGGGAUUUGGAUUGGGAAAGGGCUUAUUAGGCCUAUGGUUGGGUCUACUGGUGGCCCAGGCCGUCUGUUCGGUCCUGAUGGUUUUUGUUCUGAGGGGAACAGAUUGGAUGGAUCAAGCAAAUAGAGCGAGCGAGUUGAUUGGAAUUACAGUUGAUCCUGAUCGUGAAUCUCGGGGUGAAUACGUAAUAUGGAAUGAUCAAGACCGUCAACUAAGUCAGGCAAAAGAGUCUACGGUGUGAUUUUGAAUCAGACCAUGUUCGCAUGGGAAAAAAAAUUCAACCAGCGGAUAGAGAAAGUCAUAAUGUGAUGCAUAUAUAAAUUAUGAUGGGGUUGUGUUGUUAAUAUCCAUAUGCAUCCAUUUGGAAAAUUUUGAUGUUAAUAAAGUGUGUAUUUUGAGUGUUUGUAUAAAAUUUUAUUUUAGUUUC